AUGAAAAACUGGACAACGGCCAUCGAGGCAAAAGACACCAUACGCGUGGCCUACAUUGCUUUCCGGAAGGCCUUCGACAGUGUUCCAUACCAAUGUCUCAUGCAUAAGUUGACAAUGGUGGACAAAAGAGGCAAACUUCUUAUGUGUAUAGAAGGACAACGAUCAACGUCCACAGGCAUCGAGAGUGGAGUCCCUCAAGGUUUAGUGCUCGGACCGACCCUCUUCAUUUUGUUCUUUAAUGAUUGCGCACAGAAAUGGGACUGUGAGCGUGCCAUGUUUUCAGAUGAUGUAAAAAUAUGGAAGAUCAUCAAGAGUGCUGCCGAUGAAGAUGACUGCCAGGAGUGGUCACGCAGAUGGAUCCUGUCUUUCAAUUUGAACAAAUGUAAUCUGCUGCGUCUGAGAACUCGAAAUCAGGUCCCUGAUGCGCAAUCCAGUUAUCUGCACAGAAUCCCACUCCAAGAAGUAGAAAUACAGGAGGUACUCGGCAUCUGGAUGACAGACAACAACACGACUUCUAAAAAAUGUUGUAAGGCGGUUAAAGCUGCAACUACAAUGCUUUACGCCAUCCAGCGGGCAUUCACCAUUCUAAUGAAAACUGCUUUUUGA